GCAUUUACGCUAUGAUGCAGUGUACCCCGGAUCUGUCCCAUGAAAAUUGCAGCGCUUGUCUGGCGACGGCCAGCGACAGGAUGAGGACUUUCUGCUAUGGAAACACCGGAUGCAGAAUUCUUCAACCCAGCUGUUUCUUAAGAUACGAGAUUGAUUUUUUUUUGGACAAUUCAGCUAAGAUCACUAUUGUACCGUUUUCACCUCCUUCUCCAACUCCAACAGAAGGUAGCUCACCUCCUUCUCCAACUCCAACAGCAACAGAAGGAAAAGGAAACAACACAAGUUACACAACUAGAACAAUCAUCAUUUCCGUAGUAGUUGCUCCACUUCUUGUUGGCGUUCUGUUGCUUGUGCUUUGGAUAUUUUUAAGACAAAGAAAGGCAAAGGAAACUGUUGAAACUGUAGAUGAAAUGAUUGAGGCGGAGUCUUUGCUAUAUGACUUUGCCACCAUCCAGGCAGCAACUAAUAACUUCAGUGAAGAAAAUAAGCUUGGGCAAGGAGGAUUCGGAAUAGUUUACAAGGUAACGAAGCUUAUGAAACAGGAAGAACACAAACUGUACACUUAGAGAUACUGAAAUAUUGUGUAUCCAUUGGAUUAUAUACAGGGUCGGCUUCCAACUGAACAAGAUGUAGCCGUAAAAAGGCUCUCUAGUAAUUCUGGAC